AUGGCCAACACCAGUAGAUCCCAAGACACGCGACUAAGCAAAACAUUAUCAUGGUUAUGCAGACACGGUGCGAUUGACCGUGGUCUCCCGAUGGACCCCAACGGCUACGUCCCGGUGCAGCUCAUGCUAGGCCUGCCUGAGUUCAAAGGGGUCACCGUUGGCGACAUACGCCGGGUGGUCGACAACUGUGCCAAACAGCGUUUCACCAUGGACACUCAAGAUGGUGAGCUUAAGGUGAAAGCUAACCAGGGUCAUAACAGGCGACUCGGCGCCCUAUUGGCUGACAAUCCGGCCGAAAUGACCAUGGUGACCGAUGAUGUGCUCGUCGCGGUGCACGGCACCUAUUAUAAGGCGUGGCCAGCCAUCAGCAAACAGGGCCUCAAGUGUAUGAGUCGAGUGCAUAUACACCUGACCCCCCAUCUGGACCGGUGUAUGCCUGUGGGCACCCGCGACCGCCCGGUCAGUGGCUUUCGCGCCAACUGUGAGCUCUUGGUAUACGUGGACGUGAGGGCCGCCCAAUCCGAUGGUUAUCUCUUUUAUAGGUCCGAGAAUAAUGUGAUUCUGACCCCCGGUGUGGACAAUACACUGCCGGCCAAGUACUUCAUCAAGGUGAUUGAUAGGCAAACUGGGAACGAUAUACUUAACAAAAGCUAG